UUUGGGCGGCUAGAAUGUGGCAAAAGUGACAGUUCGUAAGGAAAUUCGGAAUAAAGGGAUCUUGAUAUUUGUGUAAUUGAAACUUUAUAACACAAUGGAUCCAGCAUUGCUUAGAGAGCGAGAGCUCUUUAAAAAAAAAGCUCUUUCCACACCAACGGUAGAGAAAAAAAGAAAGGAACAAGAAAAAGAUGUCUCACGAGAUGAGCCGCUCAAGAAAAAACCGAAACCAUCCUCCGUAUCUAGUGGUCCAAAACUGGAUAUGGUUAAUUAUAAAACCAUGUCUGGUAGUACGCAAUAUAAAUUUGGUGUCUUAGCUAAAAUUGUAAAGCACAUGAAAGCGAGGCAUCAAGAUGGAGACGAUCAUCCUUUAUCUUUAGAAGAAAUUUUAGAUGAAACAAAUCAAUUGGACGUUGGCUCCAAGGUAAAACAGUGGCUUCAAGGGGAAGCUCUUCUUAAAAAUCCAAAGAUAGAAGUAACCUCGGAUGGUAGAUUUGUAUUCAAAGCUAUGUAUAAAAUUAAAGAUAAGAAAUCUCUGUUAAGAUUAUUAAAGCAACAAGACCUAAAAGGUCUUGGUGGAAUACUAUUAGAAGAUAUACAAGAAAGCCUGCCACACUGUGAUAAACAUUUAAAGAGUUUACAAAAUGAAAUAUUAUUUAUAACAAGACCCUUGGAUAAGAAAAAGAUUGUAUUUUAUAACGAUAAAACAGCACAAUUCCCUAUAGACGAUGAAUUCCAAAAGUUAUGGAGAGCUGUUGCAGUUGAUGCAAUGGAUGAUCAAAAAAUCGACGAAUAUUUAGAAAAACAAGGAAUACGAUCUAUGCAAGAUCAUGGUCCCAAAAAACCAGCUCCGAUGAAAAGAAAGAAACCUAUUAGUAAGAGGAAACAGUUCAAAAAGCCAAGAGAUAACGAACAUUUAGCAGAUGUUCUAGAAACAUAUGACGAUACGAAAUAAGUAUUCCUGGAAUUUUGUAAAUAAAACGAAUCUAUGACUUAAGUGUUAAAAGAGAAAUAAGAAUUUUAUUA